CCUUUGUAGAGUCUGUUCGCAUCAGUCCUCCAUCGUUCGUUGAAGGAGACUUGGUAAGCCAACAGUCGUUUGGAACACUUUGGUUGUUCUGCACUUUCGCUAUACACUUUCGUUGCAAGAGAAACUCGAGAAACACAGCGAUGAGAUAUUCGACUGUGUACUCGCUCGCCGGGCUUUUGGCUCUGGUGUGGGCCGAGGAAGAAUUCGAGCUCGAGACUGCCGUGACUGUCUUUGAGACUUAUAUCCCGGAGCCCACCAUGUACAUCAAUGGCGGCCACACCUACACCGUCACCGUGCCCUGCACCGUCACCGUCACCAAGACAGUAACCGUCACCAAGAAGAAGCCCACCAAGACCAAGCCCCCUCAUCCUCCUCCGUCCAGCUCCAGCACGGUCAAGACGUACACUCCCACCACCCUGACGUCCGUGACCAAGCCGCCCAAGCCCACAAAGUCUCACCCGCCUCCUCCUCCGCCCGAGACUACUCCCUGCGAGACCGAGUCGUCGACCACUCACAAGCCGACCAAGACCAAGCCUCCGCACUCUACAUCUACCAUUGUCCCGCCGCCUCCGCCGCCUCCGGAGACCACUCCGUGCACUACCUCUAGCAGCCACAAGCCGCCUCCACCACCACCCGAGACGACCCCCUGCACUACGUCUACCGUCGUCCCGCCGCCUCCACCACCUCCGGAGACGACCCCAUGCACUACCUCUAGCAGCCACAAGCCGCCUCCGCCACCUCCGGAGACCACUCCGUGCACUACGUCUACGAGCCAUCCGCCUCCGCCACCGCCUCCAGAGACCACUCCGUGCACGACAUCUACCAUCGUCCCGCCUCCACCACCACCACCACCCGAGACGACCCCGUGCACUACGUCGAGUAGCCACCCACCGCCUCCUCCUCCUCCGUCUCACACUCCCAAGCCGCCGCCGAGCCACUCGCCCAAGCCUCCACCACCUCCGCCAUCUCACACUCCGCCGCCGCCUCCUCCCCCGUCGCACACUCCCAAGCCGCCUCCCCCUCCGUCUCACACUCCCUCCCCGCCGCCACCACCACCUCCGUCUCACACGCCGGCUCCUCCUCCUCCGAGCCACACGCCGGCUCCUCCUCCCCCUCCACCUCCCCCAAGCAGCUCGCUGCCUCCUCCCCCUCCUCCUCCCCCUCCCAGCAGCACUCGGCCGCCGCCUCCUCCGCCUGCGCAGACCACCCCGCCUCCGAUCCAGACCGCAGCUGCUGCACACUUUGGCGCCGGUCUCGGUGGCGUGCUCGCCAUCGCCGCCUUGGUCAUGUAA